UAAUUUUGCUUUAGUAUUUAAAGCAAACUACGAAGUGUUUCAUCUAAUAUUUUAUAUUUAUUUUUAAAAAUGAAAGUACUAGUAUGUUUCCUUCUCGCGUUAGUUAUAAUUGCACAAGCCCGAUCAAAUCGUAAAUACACAAGUCGUUAUGACAACAUCGACUUGGAUGAUGUUCUGGCAAACCGGCGGUUGUUGGUGUCGUAUAUAAAAUGUCUGCUCGACCUAGGCAAGUGUUCUAGUGAAGGCAAAGAACUAAAAUCGCAUAUUAAUGAUGCGUUAGAAGACAAUUGCGCGCAAUGCACAGAUGUGCAGAAAUCUGGCUUUAGACGGGUCAUCGGACAUUUGAUAAACCACGAAAAGGAUUAUUGGGGCAAGCUCACUGCAAAGUACGAUCCUGAAAGAAAAUACGUUCUUAAAUAUGAAAGAGAUUUACGGGAGAUAUCCGCUUAGUUAUGUACUAUUCUAUUGUUUACUGUAGAAAAUAAAAAACAAAAAUUGACGUAAAAGUAAAGUGUUGCAAGUUGCAAUAUCAAUGGAGAUGUAAAUGUGCACUCACAAAUGGAUUUUUAUAUAUAUUUUUAUUCAGAUUUCAAAUUAAUAUUUAUUAUUAUUGUAUUGUAUUUUAAUAAUUUGUAUUUAUUUGUUGAAAUUAAAAAUGUAUAGAAUAAUUCGUUGCCACUAUAAUUUGUUUUUUUUUUGUUAUAGUUGUAAGAAAAUAAUUAAAUUAAAUUGACUUUAUUAAAAAUAAAUUAAUUUCUA